AUGGAGAUUGAGCACAAAGCCUAUUGGGCAGUGAAGGCUUGUGCAUUUGGUAAGGAGGGUGUAGCUGCCUCUAGGAAGCUCCAACUUCAAGAAUUAGAGGAGUUAAGAUUGGAAGCAUACGAGAGCUCUAAAUUGUACAAGCAUUUUCAAGUGGGAGAUAAAGUGCUUAAGUUCAAGACAAGGCUCAAGCUCAAGCUCAUUGGUGGCAAACUUCAAUCCAAAUGGGAGGGAUCUUACAUUGUGGAGGAAAUUUUUGACUAUGGCACUCUCAUCCUGAAAGAUCCUCAAAGUGGAUUAACAUUCAAGGCAAAUGGCCACUUGUGCAAGAAAUUUCAUGAGGAUGAAUCUUCGACAUUGCUUAUUGAAAUGAGAUUCAAAGAUCCUCCAUGA